AUGACUGCUGAAAAUAUUACUCAUACUACCUGUGAAAUCGCCUUUGAAUUAAAGGAUGGUCGUCUUUUGGCAAACAAUCAAGAUGUCGCUUAUAUCUUGCCUAGUGAUGCUACUGAAGUCGCUCGAUUGCAAUUGAAUCAUAACUUGUGGAAUCUUUACAAGUCUGAAAUGCAUGAAAAGUUAACUCAAGGUGCUCGUGUCUUGGACAUUGGUUGUGGACCUGGAUGGUGGACUCUGGAUAUGGCUCGUUUAUACCCUAAUUCCGAGUUCAUCGGUAUUGAUAUGGCCGACGUUUUUUACACGCAAGACAAACCCGCCAAUGCUUCCUUCAAAAUAAUGAACGCUGGUACAGGAAUGGAUUUCGAGGAUGCGUCCUUUGAUUUUGUUUUCCAACGAUUCUUGGUGAUGGGAUUUCCCACUGAGCAAUAUCUUUUAUCCAUCAAGGAAAUGAAACGUAUUUUAAAGCCGGAGGGUUCCAUUGAGCUCUUAGAAUUAGUCAAUCAUUAUAAUAAUGCGGGUCCUGCCUUCAAGAAUAUCAGUGACUGGAGUAAACAUAUGGAUUCAUUCAUCGCUGAUAAAAUAUCCACUUAUCUUUUGGAUGCAGGUUAUGCCAACAUCCAGGAUAUCACUUACAAUGUGCCCAUUGGAAGCUGGGGCGGUGAACCCGGAGAGAUGUUCUUGGCUGUUCAAAAAAUGGCUCUCCCUGCAGUCAAGGUCAUGGUUACUGAAUUGACAGAAGUUACGAGUGAAGAGUACGACAAAAAUUUGGAGCUCGCCUUUAAAGAAGCGGAUGAACGUCAGAUUUCUACUAGAUUCAGAUUAAUUUACGCUACUAAAUAA